AUGGAAUCACAUGAGAAGAACUCCAAGCCGGGAGUUGACCAAAACUCCCAGAGAACUAACCUGGAAAUGGAAACGAGGACUCCAGAAACUGCUAACGGCUCUCUUCCAAGAAAACUGAAAGAUCUGGAUGAUUUAUUGCCAUAUGUCGGUGACUUCGGCUGGUAUCAGCGCUAUCUAUUCUUCUUAAUGAUUCCAUUUUCGUUCUUCUUUGCAUUCGUUUACUUCGGACAAAUUUUUAUGACGGUAGUGCCUGAAAAGCACUGGUGCUUUGUCCCUGAGCUUGGAAAUUUGACAGUGGAACAAAGGCGCCACCUCUCAAUCCCCAUCAAGAACGACAAAUUUGACAAGUGUACAGUGUAUGACGUGAACUGGACGGCCAUUUUGAAUAAUGGUACCAUGGAGCCUGAUCCAACUUGGAGCGUAAAAAAGUGCAACAGAUGGGAAUUUAACUACACCGAUGUGACCUAUGAAACUAUAGCUACACAGCAAGGAUGGGUGUGUGACAAAGACACCUACCCUGCCACUGCUCAAUCUAUAUUCUUCUGCGGCGGCAUAGUGGGAGGUUUUAUCUUCGGCUGGAUAGCAGACAAGUACGGAAGAGUGCCAGCUUUAGUUGGUACAAACUUGGCGGGUUUCGCCGGCGGUAUUGGCACAAUAUUCACCAAUGACUUCUGGUCCUUCUGUCUCUGUAGAUUCAUUGUAGGCCUAGCAUACGACAACUGCUUCCUUAUUAUGUAUAUCGUGGUGUUGGAAUACGUAGGUCGAAAAUGGCGUACAUUUGUAGCUAACAUGUCCAUUGCCGUUUACUUCACAUUUGCUGCUUGCAUUCUACCAUGGAUAGCGAUAGGUGUUGAUGACUGGAAGAUCUACACCUUGGUAAUCAGUGCUCCUCUAGCAUUAGCUUUGAUCACUCCUUGGAUUGUGCCGGAAAGUGCCAGAUGGCUGAUAGCCCAGGGCAGAAUAGACGAAGCCAUCAAAAUAAUGAAGACAUGUGAAAGAUGGAAUAAAAAGAAAAUACCUGAUGCAGUCAUUGCUGAAUUUAGAGAAACGGCCACAGAAAUAGCCAAAAAAGAACAGGAAUGCAAGAAUUACAGUGUUGUCGAUCUAGUAAGAACUCCUAGACUUCGUCGACACACUAUAUUGCUCGUUAUGAUCUGGAUGUCAAUAGCUAUGGUGUUUGAUGGGCAUGUGAGGAAUGUAGGGACUUUAGGUCUGGAUAUGUUCAUCACGUUCAGCAUUGCCACAUUCACUGAGUUCCCAGCUGAUAUUCUGCUCAUCUGUAUAUUGGACGUUGUCGGACGUCGAUGGCUCGCAUUUAGCACCAUGGCACUUAGCGGCAUCUUUAGUCUUUUGGCGACAACUGCUCCCAUAGGCAUCCCAUCAGCUUCUUUGGCUAUAAUCGGUCGUUUUGCCGUCAAUAUAUCAUUCAACAUCGGGAUACAGUACGCGGCAGAACUUCUGCCGACUGUUGUCCGAGCCCAAGGACUCGCUCUCAUUCACAUCAGUGGAUACGUGGCCACAAUACUGACACCCUACAUCGUCUACUUCGCAACUAUAGCUAGAGAGAUACCGCUACUAAUCCUGGGAGCUUUAGGCAUUUUCGGUGGAUGCCUUUGUCUAUUCUUACCAGAAUCUAUGGGAAAGGACAUGCCUCAGACCAUACAGGACGGAGAAAACUAUGGGCUAGACCAGAAGUUCUGGAACUUUCCAUGCUAUAACAGGAAGAGGAAAAUGUCAAAUACUCAAGAACCUAUAUAA